UCGCGUGUUAACAGCUACAGCAGAAAACGUUUUUAAACUUUUCAGCUAUUUUAACUACAGUCAAAAUUGUAAACAGCCAGUUUAAGUUUGCAGCUUACUGAUCACUUUCCUCCAGUCCAGUGGAUUUAAACCAUAUUUAAAAUGGAUAGCGGAGACGGUGAGAUCAACGGCGCUAACCAAAAUGUGGAGCUAAGAUUUCGCCCGCUGCUCCAUUUAGUGGAGCGCUUUGAACAUUACGCUGCAGUAGGUCCAGAGAUGAGUUUGCUCCGGGAUACUAUAAUGCGUGGGUUGUUCAAUGAGUUCAGCCUGGAAACUGUGAUUGAAAUUUUUUAUAAUACUCUGGGGCUUGGGAAUAUUGACGAUAUUGCACGAGUGGACCUAGCUCUGCAAGCAGCUGGCAUAGGAUUAAAUCCAGCAGUAGGAGCAGAAGGUCCCUGGGACAAUGAAGCGCUCCCUCUUCCAGCAGCUGACAUGGAAAACAACCUGGCCGGUUUAGCUGAAGAUCACUGGGACCAUCAAGGUCUUCAUCUACCGGCAGUAAACGUGGACAUUAAUCUGCCCCGGCAAGAAGAUCAGUUUGCUGAUGACAUGUGGUGGGUCUGGGAAAGUGACAUUAAUUCUGGCACUGAAAAUGAAAGCGACCUUGAAAGCGAAUCUGAUGAUGAUGUCCCAGAGUCAAUACCUACCAUCCCAGAACCUCAAAGAUCCAGGAGCCCUCCAAGAGAGGAAGCUGAUGAAAGCGAUCUCUUUGGCUCCAGGAGGCGCCAAAGAGAGGAAAAUAAUAAUGGCGACAGUAAUGAGAUGAACAUGAAGAGAUUCAGGUUCCUCAACUCAGGCAACGAACCGUCAGACACCACCUCUGAAAGUGAGGAUAAUGAAAAUGAAGACACGGUGUCAUCACCCUCUACUUCAGCUGACACAGAAGCAGGACAGAAGAAGAGAAAACGGGAUGAUGAUGAUGAGGACAAUGGAAGAGACAAAAAAAUGUGUAAAAAGUAACAAAAUUGUGGUGCUGGACCCUCAGGAUUGACCCCCCGACCCCUCUCACCCUCCUAUGUGGUGUGUUUGUGUGUGAGCACCAUCAGAGACUGUGACUUUGAGAAUCUGGAAGUGCCUGGUGGCAUCUUUAUCUGUCCUCCUUGUUGUUUACAAGGAGAGUUAUUUAUAAACUCUCUUUGCUUUAUGCCUAAACUUCCUGUUUAAGUUGUUCAUCGCAGCAGAUAGUUGCCCACAACUGAGCCUGCUUUCAGAAAAAUAUGUGAACACUAACCAAAUUGUGCUGUUAGACACUCAGUAUUGACUUCCAUCUCCAAUGAGUUCCACAAGUGCAGUCUGUGAGUUGCACAUUACUGAGAUUUAAGUGUUUUCAACUCGUCUUCAUCAUUACAGCAGGAAGCUGUAUAGUACGAGUUGUAAGGGAUUUAAAGGUGGAUGCUGAAAUGGCUCAGGAAUUGCCAGGACAUUCAUAGACUUUUUCAUAGCUUUACAUACUGUGUCUAGAAUCUUUUUUUGCUGAUGUGAUUAUGUGCAAGCAGCACUUUUGCUGAUGACUGUGCCAGGUGUAGCUAGGUGUAAUUCUUUAUUAAUGCUGAGCAGCUUCAGAUGUUCAAAUAUGAAUAUUUGAAAGUACACAUGAGAAAAAGAGAGAACUUCAUGCCACAAAUAAGGAAAACACUGUCCAGCAGCUGCUCAGCACUGGCUGUUACUAAAACCACACUUACAAAAUAUUCAGAUGAUCAAAGUGUUGUGGAAAAAUAAA